UUUUUUGAAACUGAAGUAUGGCUAAACUUUCUAUGGAGUUUUCCUUUUUCCAAACCAUUUUCUUCUUAUUCUGUCGAGUUGUCUUUAGACAGUCUAAGAAUCACAAAUCUCUCCACAGAAAUGUCAGCAAUAUCCAUGCAAACGAGGGUAAAUAUCAUAAGUAUCCUUCUUUUGUUCAUAGAUCAAACCUGUCAAACCAAACUCUGGUCUUCAGUGUAGAAGAGGCUUUGUUGAAAUCCUCAUCAUUGUUUCCUUACUUCAUGCUUGUAGCCUUUGAAGCUGGAGGGCUCUUGAGGGCUUUUAUUCUUUUUGUUUUAUACCCAAUUCUAUGCUUAGUUAGCGAAGAGAUGGGGUUGAAGAUAAUGGUCCUGGUUUGCUUCUUUGGGAUAAAGAAAAAGAGCUUCAGAGUUGGAAGUGCUGUUCUGCCGAAGUUCUUCUUGGAGGAUGUUGGCUUGGAACCAUUUGAGAUGUUGAAGAAAGGCGGGAAAAAGGUGGCUGUCAGUAAAAUUCCUCAAGUGAUGAUCGAGAGUUUCUUGAAGGAUUACCUGGAAAUUGAUUUUGUAGUUGGAAGAGAGCUGAAGGAGUUCUGUGGGUACUUUUUGGGAGUCAUGGAAGAGAAGAAGAGAAGUAAGGCUGCUUUGGACGAGAUAAUAGGAAGCGAAAGUAUGGGCUUUGAUGUUAUUGGCAUCAGUGGCCUCGAGAAAUCUCUUGACUAUCAUUUUUUUUCUCAUUGCAAGGAAAUAUACCAGGUGAGAAAAGCAGACAAAAGAAACUGGCGACACGUCCCAAGACAGGAGUAUUCCAAACCACUCAUUUUCCAUGACGGGAGACUAGCUCUCAGGCCAACUCUGGUGGCCUCCCUGACCAUGUUCGUGUGGUUCCCCUUCGGCUUGGCUCUUUCCAUACUCAGAGCUGUUGUCGGCUUAAUGCUUCCGUACAAGAUUUCCAUCCCCCUAUUAGCCUACAGCGGGUUGCACCUGUUUCUUUCAACCCCGGAAAGCUCCCUGCAUCCUCUUUCACUUCCGAACUCGAAGAAACAUAACCCAAAAGGCCGCCUUUAUGUUUGCAAUCAUAGAACACUGCUGGAUCCCGUCUACCUUUCUUUUGCAUUACAGAAAGACCUCACUGUUGUUACUUACAGCUUAAGCAGGAUAUCAGAGCUGUUAGCUCCAAUCAAAACCGUUCGAUUAGCAAGGGAUCGUGAUCAAGAUGGUAAAAUGAUGGAAAAGAUGCUAAAUUUAGGGGACCUAGUCGUAUGCCCGGAAGGGACUACGUGUAGGGAGCCCUAUCUCUUAAGGUUCAGCCCUUUAUUUUCAGAGAUGAGCGACGAUAUAGUCCCUGUUGCGAUGGACAGCAAUGUGAGUUUGUUCUAUGGGACAACAGCCAGUGGCCUGAAAUGUCUGGACCCACUUUUCUUUCUCAUGAACCCACGACCAAUCUACACUGUCCGGAUACUUGAUGGUGUAUCUGGCUGGUACACUUGUCAUGAUGGUCAAAGAUCAAGGUUUAAAGUGGCUAAUCAGGUUCAGAAUGAGAUUGGUAAGGCUCUGGGUUUUGAGUGCACCAAGCUUACGAGAAGAGACAAGUACCUAAUCAUGGCUGGCAACGAAGGAAUAAUUAGCCAAACCUAAUUAAUUGACUUGCCUUUGAGUUGAAAUUAAUUAAGUUGUAAGUUGUAACAUAUGGUAUACUUGAUUAGUACAAUUUAAUUACUCAAUUCUUCUUCGUUCGUAUCUUGCAGUAGAGAUCAAUGUAUAUACAUAUAAGCAUUUAUGCAUGCCUCUCAAAAGACCCGUAGUAAGAAAAAUGAGUAAAUACUCGUCUCUUUUGUGUGGGAACACACACGAAAUGAAUGAUAGUUAUUUAUUUAU